UCAUCAGUUCAAUUGAAAUUCUUAUCAAUUGCUGUAAUGAAGGAAAUUAUUGAAUCAGAAGAAUUUGAUUAUGAUAAAGCAUUGAAGAGAACUGAAGGAUCUUGUAAAGAUAUUAAGGAAGUCAAGAGUGCUAUUGCUUCUAUUUUAUAUAUUAUUUCUAAUUCUGCCAGAUUCAAUGUUGAAGAACAACAAUUGUCACUCGAAUUGCAACAAAUCGGUUUACCAAAAGAAAGCAGUGAAUCUUUGUGUAGAUCAUAUAAAAAUUAUAAGGAAAAACUGAUACAGCAUUUUAAAACUAAAACUUUGAGAUUGCCUAAAAUUGAGGAAUUAAAAUGGAGAGUAGAUUUAGUCUUAUCAUCAUCAACCUUAAAAACAAUGAAUGAACCAACAGUUCAACUCAACUUGAAAAUUCUUCACUCUGAAGAGGAUGGAUCAAUUACAACUCACGAAAGAUUUGAAAUGUCUGCUGACAAGUUUAGAAUUUUACAUAAUGAAUUGAAGGACAUUAGACAAUUGAUGGAUGAACAUAUGAAAUAA